UCGUGAAAAUUGAAUAAAGCUGCGAGGGAAUAGCACAGUGGCUUUUUCCACUAAGUAUUAUCCGAAUCUUACUUCUGUUCGAACAGUCUCUCCAAAAGAAAUCCCGCCAUGUCGUCCAUCUCCAUCGCGACUCUUCCCCGCAUGAGCCGGGACACUCUUUCGGCCCUCCUACUCUCCGCCAGUACCCCCAGUAAACUCGCAAUCAUUGACGUGCGAGACUCCGACCACAUCGGCGGACACAUCUACUCUUCCACCUGGGUCCCUAGCUCGUCUCUCGACCACCGCAUGCCCGAACUCGUCCGCACGCUGGCGGACAAGGAGAAAGUCGUCUUCCACUGCGCUCUCAGUCAGCAGCGCGGGCCGUCUGCUGCUCUGCGCUACGCCAGGGAGCGCGAGAGCGCCCUCGGCGUGGAGGAGAGCAAGAAGCAGGAUGUGUAUGUUCUGGAGGGAGGGUUCGUGCAGUGGCAGGAGAAGUAUGGCAAGGAUACGCGAUUGACGGAGGCUUAUGUGGAGGAUAUCUGGCAGGAAUAUUGAGGGUUCGUUCCUCUGGGAUGUUAUUGAUGAUGAAAUGUAUGCAUGCAAUGUUGGGCGAUACCCGCGGGACUGGACUUGAGUUCGGUUUGAUGAUUGAUGUAUUAAGAUAGAAGGUUAGAUUAGCAUUGAUUCUUGGUUCAUGAUAUAUUUAAAUAUUUACA